CUAAUCUCAAGCCCAAAUGCACAAAUCAUUGAAGCCGAAGAGAGCACGUAGCCCAACAUGAGGGUUCUUGUUGACUACUUGAGCUUUUGUUUUGUUUUGUUUUAUUUUUGUGCCGAUAUACUUCCAAAUUUGACCUUCCCUUCCCCAAGGCCCAAAGCACCGCUCUCUCACUCUCACUCUCACCCUCACCCUCUUAUCUUCUCCAUCUCUGGCGGCGGCUUGUUUUCGAUAUUGAAGCAUCUCCAUGACCCUCUUUCUUCCCCAAACUUUUCCUUCAAUUCACUUCACUGUUUCUUAUCCUCUCCAUCUUUCGAAAUGCUCUUCCAAAUUCAGAACUAUGUCAACCCCAAGACCACUCAUCCAUGCGACAAUCCCAGCUAGAGACCGAGUCAUAGACUUCGGAAAGCACAAGGGCAAAAUGCUCGGAACCCUCCCUUCAAGCUACCUCAGAUGGGUCUCCAAGAACCUCCGUGCCCGCGACUUCGAGGACUGGGCAAAGCUAGCCGACCAAGUCCUCCAAGAUCCAGUUUACAGAGAUCGGAUCGAGUGGGAGUUAGCGGAGAAUCUACUGAAUGGCAACAUUAAUGAUAGUUCUUUAAGAAACGAGAGUGUUGUUUCGGAGUUGUUAGAAAUUAGUGAAAGGUUCGGUUGGGAUAACGAAGAUAAGAGUGGCUGGAGCAAGGUCAAGUUUGAGCUUUUGGGUACCUCUAAAGGCGGUAGAAUUCCAAGAGCCGGAAAAAAUGGCGGAAAAGAGACAGACUUUGGCUUGAGUAAGGGUACUGAACAAAGGGUGGUUGAGGUUUCAUCAAAAGGUGAGGAGAGGAGGAGAGCGAGAAGACAGAGACUGAGGACGAAGACAGGAGCGGCAAGGGAGGAGAAGGAGGUGGAGGAGCUGGGAAUUAAGAAGGAGAGCAUUAUUAAUGGUGGGUUUGGAAAUAGGUUUUAUGGGAGAAGUGAUGAAGAUAAUGUUAUGAUCAGAAUGCAAAGGGAUAGAAUGAACGGUAGAGAUGGGGUGAUAAUGGAGAAGAAUAAUAAUCCAUUUCCUGGACGUGAAGCUCUUUUGAAGAAGGUGCUCAACCAUAGAAGAUCUUUGUAAAUUGUAAUUUCUUUUCUUUUGUGUGUAAAUUGUGAAAAAUGAUUUACAUAUACUACUUUUUUGUAAUAUUUUAUAUUUUCUAUAAUCAUAUUUUAAAAGAAGAAUAUUUUUAUAAAAAUAAUGUCAUUUUAUAAAAAUAUUCUCAACUUAAAAUAUUAUUAUAAAAUGUGACGUGUGCAUUAUUAUUCUAAUUGAAAAAUGAUUGAUUCCAUUCCCUUGGAUUAA